GCCGCCGCCACCGCCGCCGCCGCCGCCGCCGCCACCGCUCUGAGAGGAGUCACCGCGGCCGUCCCUGCCGCCCUCGCCGGCCACCAUGUCCGCCCAGGCGCAGAUGCGGGCCCUGUUGGACCAGCUCAUGGGCACGGCCCGGGACGGUUCAGUGUAUCUUUGCCUGCCUACAUCAAUCUGCAAGGGAGUUGCAGAAAAGCCUCAUGUUCAUCGAGCCGUGAGUCACAACCAAUUUCUAAGCUGUUAUAACAAAAAAGUGUUUGCUUUUUUUCACAAAUAACUUUAAAAGUGUAGUUUAGAAAGAAAACAUUUUCAAUAAAAAGACACAACAUUAAUCCUGGAUGCUUGCAAAUCCUAAAAUAUAUUCCUCCUUUAGUAUUACACAGCUCUGUGUAUACACAGAUUAGCUUUAAAAUUUGUCACAUUCCACUUUGCCUUUACUUUUAUGUAUCAUUCCCCUGACUUCCUUACUGCAGGUUGGGCAAGAAAACUUUUCCUUUAAAACUUUUCAACAGCGGGCAUAAAAUUCUGCAGCUGAGGUCUUGAAGAAUGCAGAUGGGUACAGUAUGUGUUGGAACUCACAGUGUGUAUUGACUAACCUAGUUCCCCCCCUUUUUUUUUCUCCUUUGGUAUUGUCUUGUUAAAAGUGACUCCCAGGUGCCAACUUUCUUUUUUAAGGGUGGGGGUGAAGGGGAUAGGAAGAUUAGGUCUAGAUUAUUUAUCAGUCAGUGGUAGAGUUUGAAAGCUUUCUUCUUCAUGUGAUUUUGGGCAAAAUACUGCCUAUGCAUUUGUCCAUAGCAAAAUGAUUAGAUUAAUAUGUAGCUUCUGUUGGUGGAAACUACCAGCUAUAAGUCAUACGUGGUGAUUUCAUGGCCCUCUGAUUAGCGUGGGUUUUGGUAUUACUGCCCACAUAUAUGUGUGGGGUUAAUGGCCUUUUGGUGCUCAGCCUCUUCAGAUUCCUUGACUUCUUUGGCACAAUGAUGGAGUCAGAUCUCAUUAAGUGUGAUUCUUCAUAAUACAUUUAGCAUCAAAAAACAUCCGUAUUCCGCUCCAGUUGUAAAUAUCUCUAGAUCAGCUUUUCAUUGUAUUUGGUAGUCUGCCAAUCAUCCAGGUGAAUUGUCGUACCAGAUAUGCUUUGGUGUUUAACGUGAUAAUAUUGUCUUAUUUAAAACCACAAAUGAAUUUCAGGAGACGAAACCAGACAGAGGGUCAAGUUUACAGAUGACCGUGUCUGCAAGAGUCACCUUCUGGACUGCUGCCCUCAUGAUAUCCUGGCUGGGACGCGCAUGGAUUUAGGAGAAUGUACCAAAAUCCACGACUUGGCCCUCCGAGCAGAUUAUGAGAUUGCAAGUAAAGAAAGGGACCUGUUUUUUGAAUUAGAUGCGAUGGAUCACUUGGAGUCCUUUAUUGCUGAGUGUGAUCGGAGAACUGAGCUUGCCAAGAAGCGGCUGGCAGAGACCCAAGAGGAGAUCAGUGCAGAAGUUUCUGCAAAGGCAGAAAAAGUACAUGAGUUGAAUGAAGAAAUAGGAAAACUUCUUGCUAAAGCUGAGCAACUGGGAGCUGAGGGAAAUGUGGAUGAAUCCCAGAAGAUUCUUAUGGAAGUGGAGAAAGUCCGUGCAAAGAAAAAAGAAGCUGAGGAAGAAUACAGAAAUUCCAUGCCUGCAUCCAGUUUUCAACAGCAGAAGCUGCGUGUCUGUGAGGUCUGUUCGGCCUACCUUGGUCUCCACGACAAUGACCGUCGUCUUGCGGACCACUUCGGGGGCAAGUUACACUUGGGGUUCAUUCAGAUCCGAGAGAAGCUUGAUCAGUUGAGGAAAACUGUGGCUGAAAAGCAGGAGAAGAGAAAUCAGGAUCGACUGAGGAGGAGAGAGGAGAGAGAGCGGGAGGAGCGACUGAGCAGGAGGUCUGGAUCAAGAACCAGAGAUAGAAGGAGGUCACGCUCCCGGGAUCGGCGUCGCAGGAGGUCCAGAUCUACCUCCAGGGAGCGACGAAAGUCGUCCCGAUCCCGGUCCCGAGACAGACACCGGCGCCACCGCAGCCGUUCCCGCAGCCACAGCCGGGGCCACCGCCGGGCUUCCAGGGACCGGAGUGCGAAAUACAAGUUCUCCAGAGAACGGGCACCAAGGGAGGAGUCCUGGGAGCAUGGGCGCAGUGAGCGAGGGGCUGCUGACUGGAGGCUGGAGAGCUCCAAUGGGAAGACAACUUCGCGGAGGUCAGAGGAAAAGGAGGCUGGUGAAAUCUGAACCUGCAUCCGGGCCUGUAAAUAGUCUGAUAAACAUUCAACACAGCCUAAAGUUACUCUUUAUAUUUGCUGAAUACAACUCAUCUUUUGUAGUUUACAAUUUCUAUUGUUUUGGAGCUCGCUGUGAAUUUCUAGCGAUGUACAGAGUUGCUCCUGUGUUCUGGGGUUCUGUUGAGUAGGAAUAAAUAAAUCUGACAGACGGCCUCCUUA